AUGAUCGCAGUGUCACUCAAACUAGUCCGCAAAGAGGGAGAGGGGCACCGCGCUCCCAUCACCUCCCGCCCCGGACGGCACCUUAACUCUUUACGCAUCGCGCCGCCGGACCGCCCGCCGCCGGCCGGCAACGGCGGCGACGGCGAAGGGUCCGCCCGGGGCGGCGGCAGCGGCGGCCUCCCCCCCUCGCCGCGCCCCCUCCACCGCCCAACUUCGCCCGUCGCUGCUCUCCUCAGCAGCCCGCAGCGGCGGACGGGCUCGGCCCGCCGGGCGCCCCCGGGCAGGGCAGCACGCUCCACUCGCCCCUCUCCCCGCGACAGCCUUUCCCUUUCCGCCCCCGCGCACACCCGUUCUCCGCCGGCGCCCGCCCCCCCUACACACCCCGCCGCCAUCGCCUCCCUGCCACACCGGGGCACGGGACGGCCCCCCCACCACCACGUCUGCCCCCCUCCGAUAACCCCCCCGCCCUCCUCAGCAAGGAGGUCCCGGCCCCCGCCCCCGGUGCUUGAGCCCCGGGAAGCGCGGCCGCCCCGCGAGGUGACAGCGGCGGCGGCAGCGCGGGCCCCCGCCUCGCCCCGCACCUCACGCCGCCGCCCGCCCCGGCCCCACUCACCGGCGCGCCGGGCAGCUGGCCGCCCGCCGGCACUCAUCCAGCCCUCCGGCUCCCACCUGGCUGGCGCCGCCGCCGCCCGGGCUCCGCUCCGCGGGCGGGGUGCGUGGGGCCGCUGCGGGCCGGCGGCCACUAACGGCAGCGUCUCCGCAGGCUGA